AUGUUAAUAAUCGUUUUUAUCUCCUUGAUUUUAGUGAAUUCGAGUGUGAUUCGUAGAUCUGAAACGAAGGUGGAUGAGUAAGGAAGAAAGUAUCAUUACAGUGAGAAAUAUGAGGAGGAAUUUUCAUAUGAAAUUUAGAAGAGAUGUUCUGAUGAUGAUUCAGAAGGUUAAUUAGAAUUUGAAAAUGGUAUUAAGUCCAUAAUAUUCAGAUUUCAAAUAUGAUGAAGAUGUAGAUGGUCAAGGAGAUGAAAAAAAUGCAGAUGGAAAUGAGGAACUACAACAAUAGAGAGAUGAGAAAUAAAAUGACAAUGAGGAUGAAUAUUAUAGGGGAGAAGAGAAAGAGCAAUUAAAAAGAGAGAAACUGAAACACAAAAGAGAAGUCAAGGAAGUUGAUGAAUAUGUGCUAUUACUUUAAAAUGAGAGUUUGAAAUUGCAUUUGACUGCUAAUUGAUGACAGAAACUAUAAUUUAC